AUGAAAGUCCUCUUCCUCGGCGCAUCAGGCUCCAUCGGCAGUGAAGCCCUCCGCCAAUGUCUCGCCCAUCCGCGGAUCACAUUCGUAAUCGCAUUCGUGCGCCGACCUCUGCCCGUCGACAAUCCCAAACUGCAAACAGUCAUGAUAAAGGACUUUUUGAAAUGGUCUGACGAUAUUCUUCUCCCGCAUGUUGAUGCUGCUGCGAUGAUUUGUGCCAUGGGCUCGUAUAGAGGAAACGUGAAUGUCGAUAUGGAGUACCCCCUCGCUUUCCAAACUGCUUUCGCAGCUCUUCUGGUGAAACGUCCUAGGCGAGAACCUUUUCGGUUUAUUCAUCUCAGUGGCAAGUUUGUUGUUCAAGAGCAAGAUGCCAAGUUAUGGGUUAACGACUACCCUCGUAAACUCAAGGGGCUAUGUGAGAUACGUUCACUGGAGGUUGCGAAAGAGCAUGAAAAUGUUUGGAAGGCUUGGAUGUUAAGACCUGGUGGUGUUAUUACCCAGAGGAUGAGAGUGCCUGGGUAUGUGGCUCAGUUGCUCUUGGGAGAUGACUAUGUUAUUAAGAAUGAAGAGCUGGAUAUGGGAAGCUGCAACAUUUCUGCAUGGCUUGAUACUAUCCCCAUCCAUCGCCCUAGCACUAGCGAGCCCGAAGCCAAGCGACGCAAGACGGGCCACGCACCCUCGCCCGGGCGGCUCCCGACGCCGCCUCACGAUACUAUGUCAUCGCCCACCAAACGGCCACGGUCUGUAUCAGAUGACGGCAGCGACGGCCCUUCCCAAUCCUUCAUCGUCGAUGAUGUGACGCCCAAGGCCCCCAAGAGGCGCGGUAGGCUUUAUCACGACAUGAGCUCCGCCUCGGAUGUUUCGUCAAGGUCAGGACGCUCCUCAACCUCCAAAGCCUCCUCGCCCUCGAAGCAACAGCGCGACGCUGCGGGGGAGGACACUGGCUAUCGGGUAGUAAGCAUCGAACGCUAUGAGGAUUGGCAACCUGAGUCUCUCAAGGAUAUGCGUAAGGUCCUUGAGGACAUCGACCAGGGCAACAGGAUCAUUCCUGCUAGUCAGAAGGAUGAGGUAAAGCGACAUGUUUUCCUCGCACUUGUACCAGCUAACGAACAAAAGUUUCGAAGGACAAGAUUCCCAGACCUUUCUUUCUUCGAUGCGGUAACUGAGAGCAACCUCCCAUCCGGCGUGGACUGGCGAUGGCCGGGCAUGUCAUGGGUCGAUAGGAUUUUCGAUCGCGCUGCGGAUUACCUGGAAGAGAAUGAGGCAGAAGCGGGCUGGAACGCAGACAUUCAUGCCCCGAUUCUCUCUUGGGUCUUCCGCAAAGACGAACUCGAGCCUCAAUUCCUAGACUACAUGUACUGCACCUCGACGCAAAUCUCAAGCAUGUACAAACCCAGCAAAUCUAAAUCCAAACUAGUCGACUAUUGCAUUUACAUGCAACCCGGACGAGAGUCGGCUGAGCAGGUUGCUAUCGACAACAUGCGCUACCGCGAUCGACCCUCAAAGAGCAUCAACCACGUCGACUCCGGCUUGUUGAACAAGCAUCCGAUCGCAAUGUCAGUGGAGACAAAGAGAGAGGGCGAGGACUACACAAACGCCAUCAACCAGAUGGCAACAUGGCACUCUGCACAGCUGCGCAGCCUAUGCUACACGCCCCAAGGCCCAGCCCGAGAGUUGUCGCACAUCGAGUUUCUACCUGGUAUUAUCGUGCAAGGACACGACUGGAAUUUUGUCGCCACGAUACAGCGCCAUGGCAGGGCUUUCACCUUUCACAGGGUUCCCAUCGGGACUACGCGCACACGCCAGGGGAUUUUCAAAAUUGUUCUUGCGUUGCAGUAUUUGGAGCAUUGGAUAGAAACUAAAUAUUGGCUGGCGUUUAGAGCGGAUGUUCUUGGAAUGGGGCCUGGAGAGGUUUUUUGA